AUGGUUCCAGAGUGCUUGUAUGUUGUUGAAGAAAUGUGGAGAGAAUUCCACUUGAAAUUCGAUGGUCAUGAGUAUCGUGGUUACUCCCUCGUGCUUAGUGGAUGUGUAUGGUUUUGGGUCGGAUUUGCAUUAAGCGAUGUGACCUCGCUUGGACUUUCGCUAUUUCCGAUGUCCUCGAUGUUGGUGGACACGCCAAAUACUCAAAGUGUAUCUGUGAAAGCGAUCACAACUCGAAUAGCGAAGAUUUUUCGUGAAAGACAGGUAGCAUUUAACAUUUUAAUGAUGCGGCCGUAG